AUGGAAGCUGGGGAAUGUUCCGCGAUUGGGGGAGAGGGCGACGGCAUCUGGGCAAAGCUCGGUAUCCUCCCCCUCCCUAACUCCCAGUUAAUCUCCGGAACGCAAUAUUCACAGCUUUCUCGAUUUUAUUUUUGUUCGGUGAUUAUUGGUCGAAUUCAGAGGCGGAUUGUUCUUCUGGCCUGCCUCCCGAUGAAGGGAGCAGAGCUAAAAAUGGCCAACGUGUGGAGCGUACUGGAAACGCCAUCGAUGUUCUCUAAGUUCGAGAUAGAAACCCGAAAGAAAACUCUUCACUUCGGUUGACUAUUUUGUUUUUUUUGGUCAUUUGCAGUACCUACCGACGCUCAAUGUUCGGGCAUUGACAUAACUUCAGGAGAUAUGGUAAUACACUCAGAGGUGACUUGCUUUUCAAGCAAGAAGCAAAGCUGGUGCCUGAUAGAAAAGGUUCCACACUCGGGCAAGGCGACAAUAAAAAACAUCAGGUUUGUUUCCUGAUUGGUCGAAUUUUCUUCUCAUCUGAAUUUUUUUCGUCGUUAUGCUUCCUAAUGCUGUUUCCUCAUCGAAGAUCAUCGAGCAAGACUUCGAAAGAAAAACUUUUGCUGUGUUCUUGGAAAAACAUACUGCUUUCCAAAUUUGGAACCCGAAUUUUUUUUAUAACACGAGAAGAAUGAAAGCUUUAGUUCUUGAUUGAUGUCAAAAUGUGGCUUCAAAUCAAAAUGUCAAGAAUUUUUUAGCAUUGCUUGCAUAUACUCCAUCCUGUUUGCGGGGAUGCAUUUUAUUCAGAGAAGGGAUAAGGGUGUUGAGAGCUUUAGAGUGACAGCUGAUUCACCAAGAGAUCAGAUUGGGAUAGUAAAAUUUUAGACCUCAAUGCCUUUCGAUCAGCCUAAUGGGUCUUUGGGCUCAUUUUUUUGUUGGGAAAGAGAUCAGAUUUGUUUCUUUCUGUUUAGGUUUCUUGUUGUCUGUCUAAUCUAUUUCUCUAAAUAAUUUAAACUUCUAGAGAGUGUUCUUGUCUUAAAAAAAUUGAUUUUUAUUAUCUUAGAAAAUAAGCUAACCGCCAAAAUCUAUCGACUUAGAUUUAUAAUGAAUUUUAUUGUACUAUUUUGCAGAGCUAUCUUGUGUCGUUUGAUCAAACAUUCUCAGUUGUCCUAAAUUUGAAAUGCUGCAAAGAAAAGUAAUAAAAUGCAUUGAAGAUGAAAUAUUUAAUACUGAAUUGAUCUGUUGGUGCUUUAUAUUCGAUUGUGUCCUGCACACUUAAAUAUAUUCUACGUUCAGCCAUUGAAAUAUAUUAUUCAGACGGGUUCUUACGCUUCUUUUGGCAUGUCAUUAUAGUCAAGGUCCUAUAAUUGUUGAUGAAGCGAUCGUUGGAACAGAAGAGACUGUGAAUAUUAAGUAUGGCAGUGAAAUAGUGUCCGGGCCUCAUAGAGAAGGUCAGAGAUUUAUUUCCGCACUUUUAUUUAUUAUGUUGCAUAUUUCUGGAGGAAAUAAUUUCAUCUUGAGACAAAAAGUCCUUUUUUUAUAUUUAUUUUGCAAUUACGCAUGUAUAUUCAUUGUGGAUUAAUCUUUUCAUGAAAAUUUAUUAUUAGUAGGAGAAGUUUUAUUAUUAUUGAUGUCCGAAAGUAAAUACCAGAAAGAUAGUGACGCAUCAAUAUUAGACGCAUCAAGUAUUUGUAUUUAUGCCCCCUUACUUCAGCGGCUGAUAUGCUCCUUUUUUCAGAGGCACUUGUGCAUCUAAUGGAGCUUGUGGCCAGUUUACUAAAAUGGCCUCUUUGAAUUUGUCAGUUCUGUAUUCGUGAUUGCAAGUAUCUAUCCAUCAAUGUGAUAGGAAAAAAAAUCUUUUUUUUUUCCUUGAAAAACUUUAUCUGUAAAGGAAUCCUCGUAACUCGUAGUUUUUCAUAAUAUCCACUUGUUUGUUGUGUUUUUUUGAAUCAUCGAUUUUAUAACCUUUUCAGGGCACUUGGUUUUCCAUUUCAAAGAAACUUCAUUUCAGAAGCAGGACACGAAAGCAUUAAUGGUUCAUUUCAUUUCUAAAUGUCUUAUUCAUUACCACAAAUUUUUCAUUUACUGGGGUUGGAGGACCUGAUCAACAUUUUUUUCCAGAUACCUUUAGAUGUUGAGCAUGCAAAAUGCAGCAUAUGCUUAAACAUCUGGCAUGAUGUUGUGACUGUUUCUCCUUGUCUUCAUAACUUCUGGUACUUGGUUAUUGAAUUUUUUUUAUAGAAAUGCGUAUAUCCCUUUUUACAUACCAUCUCGUAUUCCUAACAUGCUCACAAACUGUCACCCUGAAUUAUGUGUCUCCGAUCCUUUUUCAUCUUUAUAGCAAUGGCUGCUUCUCAGAGUGGUUGAGAAGGUCCGAGAAAAAGUGCAGAGAUGUUGUCUGCCCACAAUGUCGGGCUACAUUACAAUCUGUUGGUAGAAACUAUUUUCUCCGAAAUAUUGAAGAGGUACUGUACUAUUUUGUUUUUGUUGUGUUCUUAUCUUUUUUAUAGAUUAGUAAUGAAUUUAAUCCUUGAGAAUGAAAAAUUCAAUGGAUGGUCAUAGUAUAAUUUUUCGUUAUGCUUAUUUUCAAACUUUCAUCUUACUCUUAUAAUGAAUAACAGUUUGAAGUUGUAUCAUUCAUAUGUAAGAAUUUAUUUAUGAUUUAUACUGCUUCCUUCUGAUCUUGAAGAAAUCGAAGAAAUUAAUCUGAUGAAACGUGCAAAAUUUGAAUGCUGAAAAAUAAUUGCAAAAACUAGGCCUCCACUAUUGUGGCCCCUCCGUUCCUUUCUUGGGUCCUUUUGAGCCAUAUUUGGCCCAAAAUUUAAGACUAUAAGUGAAAAUUUUCCAACUGUCCCAACCCAUUAGAAAUUUGGUGGAAUGCUGGGAAUUGAAUCCAAUCCAUGUGUCUCAAAAAAAUGUGUAACUUUCGCCUACAUGAACGAUAAUUUGUUGAAAAACUAGUUGGACUGUUUCUUGCAAUAAUUCAAGUGAACUCUUAAUCUAGGGCGAUUGCUUACAUUCUAAAACAGCAGCAAAUGAAUUAUACUUCUGAACGUUGUAUUUUACAUAAAAAGGUGGUUCUAGGAAAGAAUCUUUCAUGAUAUUUGCGGAUUACAUGGAUCCAGUGAAACUGUGGUAUCCUCGAGGCCUAAGUCUGGAAGUCUGUAAUGGUAAUUGUUUUCUAAAAUUAAUCAGGAUUAGAGUUCUGGAAAGACCUUUUUAUUUCAUUAAUAUGCAUUCUUAUGCUCUGUUAUUAGUGUGUUUUGUUGGGUAAUUUAAAGUUGUCGUACUCAUGAAAUUGCAUGCAUCUGUGGUACAUAUUUUAUAUAGUUUUUUUUAAUCUAGUUACAUCAUGCGUUUGCAUAUUUUAAGGUUCUGAUUUCUGUUCAAGCUCUGAAGUUGAAGUCUUGCAUUUUUUGACCUUUGAUUAAUACUUUUAUGAAACAUUCUUUAUAUCGAUCACGAGCUCUGUUUACAUGAUUAGUCUUUUAUGUGCAGGCUAUCUUGCAGACAUUUCCAUUAUUAAGGACAUCCAAUGAUGAGCUUGCGUUGCUAGAUAAUCGUGCAUCAGUACGAUCAAAUCUUGUGAGUGUUUCUAUGGAGAUUUUAUUGAAAGCGUCUUUACCUAGAAUUUUUAUCCUUGCCUGUAUUACUUUAGUUAUAAAAUGACAUUAUGAUGGAUAAUAGAUGUAAAUCGUGGCUAGUUUUACAUUUUCUAGUGGUUGAUGUGUUCAGUUCUUUUGCUCUGAUUCUUAGAACGUGGAAAAUAAUAUUUUUUAAUGAUAUCUUGAUAUUGAUGCCACCUUUCACAUAAAGAUCAGUGUCAUUGGGGUAGAUGACCCAAACUGGGCUAUAAUAUUCCCUAGCACACUCAUGGUGGGCUUACUAUACAGUGUAUAGACUACCUAUUACAACACUGAAAUUGGCUUGGGGCUUGAUAAAAUGGCUAGCGAGUUGAAUCCUUGAAGGAAUAUAUUGUACUCAAGAAAUUGAUUUUGAUGAUAGUCAAUCACAAUUUUUAUAGUAAGCUGUGUUGCAUUUUUCUGUGCGUUUCAAACCAAAAAGUCGUCUUUAAAUUCUCAAAAUGCUUAAAAAAUGAAAUCAAUAUGGCACUAGUUGACCCCCUGGCAUGUUGUGUCUAUAACCUCCUGUCUUAUACUCAGAAAUAUAAUCUCCUAAAAUAAGCAUAUUUAAUGUUUUAUCAUUUAGUGACGAGUUCAUUUUCGCCUAAAAUUGGGAAAAAUUUGAAAACCGAGUUCAGGUUUCUCACUCUUAAUAUUUCGUGUUUGGAUGCUUAAUCAAUGUUUUUCUCAAUUUAUUGUUAGAAUUCUUUUCAGGAUCUAAAUAAUUUUUGAAACUAAAUCUUGCUACUCUAUUCUAACCACGACAAGGUUCGUGGGUCUUUUGGGAAUACAUUGAUCUUUUUCUCCUGUUCAUUAGGGCUGCUAGUGUCCAUUUAUUUGUUGCAUAAGAGAGUAAUUUUUUUCCAUACAUUUAUUGAUGAUGAGUGCAUGGCCGAAAGGCGUUGGAAAAUUAUGGUGCAUUAUUGUUUUCGGACUCGUUAAUUUACUUUUCUCAUUUGUAAUUUUCGUUCCUUGUACGGGUUUCAUAUUUAUUAGUCAAUUUAUCCAACCUUGAUGUCUUGAAUGAUUUCCAAUAUCAUUUUUGUUGAAUCCUAUCCGUCUUAUGUUAGGUACUAGGGGCUCAGAAACCCUCGUCAAGAAAUAGGUCAUCUGGAUUUUCAAGUGAGGAAAGCUUUGCCAGCGGUCUUGCAUGUCCUCAGUGUGGUAACAUGGAUCUCUGAAUCAUUUGUGGUUAUGAAUUAAGAUGGUAGUUUUAAUGGGUAUAGGCAACUUUUAUUUUUUUAUCUGAUGAAUUUAGUAUUUCUAAGGGGUCAUGCAUAUUUAGUUUUUUAGUUUUGCCAUCGCUUUGUUUCUAAUCACUUGGGUGUUUGCCUCGCCCACCUAUGAGCCUUUGAAUGUAUAUUGUGUAAUAUCACUCAAUUUUCAAACGAGAUGCGUAAUAUUUUUUUUAACUUAUAGGUUCCAUUACUCAACUCAGGUAUAUAAGGUUAAGGGCCUGCAAUGGUGGUAUUUUUUUCUCUUGUAAUUGACAAUCCUUAUUACUUGUAACUGAACACUUCCUUUUUACUUUGAGUGGAAAAUAUCUGUGAGUCGGGGUGGCUCUUUGGGCAUGAGCUUGAACUAGAAUGCAUCUGGUCGAAGAAACAGAUGAGACUUAAAAAAAACAUCGGGAAAAAAAAUUCGGCUAGUUUCCACCAAAAAUGUUCAAUGAAGCGGUCGGCGAUGUAGAUUUUCAAUUUUUCAUUUAUAGCUGAUAGUUGGCGACGUGGAUGCUGUGUUUUGAAGCAGACGACAGAGUUGUAACUUUAUCUGAUACAUUUUCUGGUUCUCAUUUUUUACUAGGUGAUCUUUCAGGAAAUCUGAUUGGUGGUUUCAAAUGUAACCGGGCAACUGCUCAUCUACAAUGUCAAGCAUGUAGUGGCAUGAUGCCUUCACGGCCUGAUGUUGGUAUCCCUCAACAGUGUAUACACGAAAACCAAUCUCUCUUUUAUUUUUUAAAAAUUGAGGUUUUCUUUUCCUUCAUCGACGUGGUUUCAUGAUUGCACUCAUAUGCGAUAUUGUUCCUAACUGUAUAAAAUCCCUCCUCCCUGGGUUUUCCUCAAGUACGUAGUUGAUAUUCCUACGAACAUUGCAUAAACGCACAAUUUGUGAAUGCUUCUCCUCCAAGCUCAUUGUUCUUUUCCUUUUUAUUUCAUCAGAAUAAGGUCAAAGUGUUCAUCAGUGAUGUCAAGAAGCAUAGAGAUUUCCACACUUGUGGUUUUUGACAAAGCAGUUAUAACAUUACCCUUGACUAAAAACAAUAUUCUCUUCCCCUUUGGUGAUCCUCUCUGAUCUCGUCGACACAAGAUAACCAUCAUCUUUUUUACCCGGAUUUAUAAAUUUUAAAAAAGUGAAAAGAUUUUCAUAGAAUGGAACAACCCCGCUCAGAUUAACUGAUAUUUGGCCUAUUUAAACCUGAUUGAUCUGUUUGAUUGGAUGGCUUUAGCCUUCAAAGAGGCAAGCAAGGAUGAUAAACUUGAUAAGGAAAGUAGGGAAGAAGAGAAAAUGGAAACCCUCAGCUGGAAGAGGAAGAGAAGGGAAAAUGAUAGAGAAAAACAGCCCACCCCAAUGACCUUUGGGGUCUUUGUUAUGUCCCAAUAAGAUACCCAUGUGUAGUAUAGUACGUGAUCAUAGCUUUAGAGGUCAAAGUGGAAAUACAAUGUUGUCUGGUGUGAUUCAUUGUGUCUAGGAUCCUGAUACCUUAGCCUCUGACACACCAUACAAUGCUCAGAACAUUUGACCUGUGCUUCAACUUUAAACUUGAAUUCACGCUUGCCUGGGUAUAGCAUAUGAUUUUUAUAUUCACAUCGAGCGUUUGGCAGUCGAAAAGUAGCAUUUGUUGCAUCUAGAUUCAAUCUUCUCCCUCUAAUUGUAUUAAGAUUUUGUUGCAGGUUUAGGAUGUGAUAGAGCAUUUUGUGGGGCUUACUGGCGAGCCCAAGGAUUGGACCCUGGAGGCGAAUAUACAAUUUGCAGCCCAGAAACCUUUCAACCUGUAUAUCAUCCAUGCUUCAUGCCGUAGUUGCUUUGUGCUGAAUUUUCACUUAUUUCUAACGGUUCUUUUCGAAAGGUUGACCAGGGACUGCGUUUAUAAAUGAAUUUAUGAAAAUUUCCUACAAGUUUACUUCUGUCGCUAUUUUUUUACGACUCUACAUUGAUAUUAGCAUCCUGAUAUUUUAUUGCUUAUUUUCCUCAUUAGUUUAUGUUUAUAUAGGCUCUUUGAUGGAGCAAAGCGAACUAUAAUGGCGUCAUUUUGCAUGUCUUGAGGCGCUAAUCUAAUAGAUUUUGAAUGUUUUUUUCGAUAUUUUUGGUAAUAGAAUAUUCAUAUUAUGUUUCCCAUUUGCUGCCCCUACCGUGUUCUAAAACUAUUUUUAAACGAUUCUAUUUGCCCUUGUUUCAGGCUAGAUUUGACCUGGAAAAUAUAUUUUCUCCAUUAUAUAUUGUUGACUAAAACUAAGAAAACGGUCCAAAUGGUUUUAUGAGAGCGUUCCAUGAAAAUUAUCUGAUUUUAUGUCUCGAGAAAAAUCAUGCAAGUAAGAACCAUGGAAGUGUCAGGUGACCUGGCAGCCUAGUCAGCAUCCAGCAGAAAUAUAGAUCAAACGUUGACCUCUCUUCUUGCCCAGUCUUGCAUGUAGCCGAGAAGGCCUUUGACCUGGCCCAUGGCACACAGUCUUGGGGCUCAUGUUGGGAGGAGUGUGCUACCACCAUUCUCUCAAACUUCCUCACUUCAAAUUAUCUUUCAUGUAUCAAGUAUAAUUAGAUUAAUCUCGAGCUCUGAUGAUUUUAAAACUGGGAACCCACCCAAGUGAUCUUCUUCUUCUACCAAUCAGCAACUAAGCUUGACCUCUGGCUACAAUAAUCCUGUAGUAAUUCUGUACUCUUGUGGGCUCAUGAAUUGAGCAUUAGAACCACAUACGGUUGACUUUUGGUUUAUCCUGCAGGCUUCACGUUGGACUAUCUCAAGAGUUCCAGAUACAACCCAUGAAUAUAACCGCUAUGAACAAGAUGUAUAAGAUCCCCCCCCCCCUUCCUUUUUUGUCUAUCUUUCCAUUCCCCCGUCCAUAUUUUAUCACUGAUGCAUGAGAAAUUGCUGCUUUAGAUCACAGAGUGGUGCAUUCGGCAGAUGGGCAAGACAGUCCAAGCGACAGUAUUGGAAUGGAUUACGAAGCUUGACAACAGGGAAAUCGGUAUCUUAGUUUCUUCUCUCUAUAUCAGAUGCAUGAUCUUCAUAUUGGCCAUUUAUGACCUUGGAGAGAUUAUCAAUUCAUAAAAUGACGUUGGCGAAUUCAAGAAUCUUGAUGAAGAAAUAAUUAUUAAUAUUCAUAAGUUAGGCCGCAUUAUGUCUACAUUUUUGCAGACCGUGCAAGGCUGCAGUUGAAACAUGCAGAGGCCGUGACGUCUAGAACCCACCUGUGCAGGUAACCAUCCAUGCAAAGUAUCUUAAUUUAUAUGCGAAUUAUAUCUUAUUAUCAUAUGAUUAAUAGGUCAAUCUAUUCCUCGCAGGGUUUUGUGGAGAUAUUCUAUUUUAUUCUAAUUUGUAUUGCUCUUUGACUAAUGCAGUGAUUGUUUCUGCAAGCUGGUCAACUUUCUCUUGUACUGGUUCCGACUAUCGAUGCCCAGACAUGUGAGUAUUCCCUGGUCUAGUUUUAGGGUUGUUUGACUUUUUACCUCUCCGUAAACUCGAAUUAUUACUAAGACCAUAUUACCCCUUGGAAAUUUUCCAACGCCUACUAAGUCAUCUAGUUAGUCUCCAUAAGAAUUAAGGCCCGAGGUAGCCCCACGUGGUUUCUCUAGAGAGAGAGAGAGAGAUUGAAGGGUGAUAUGAUGUCUUUCAAGAACUAGAUUAAACCAUGAUCAAUGCAGAGAUUAGAAGGAAGGCGACUAAAUAAUAAUAGUAGGGUAGCUUUCAGGAGCAUGUAGAUCAAAGGUGGAAGAAAGAGAGAGACUUUCCGAUUAUUCAAGCAGUUUUUCAGAGGCCAUAACCAGACAAGACGUCAUUCCCCUCGUCGACAAUUCCUAGACUUUUUCUUUUCUUGCUGAGAAAAUUACCCAUCCACAUUUCGUGAUCAUCGGAAGUUUAUGAAUAUUUAUUCAUCAUUGUUGAAGCUUUAUCUCUCUCUCUCUCUCUCUCUCUCUCUUUCCCCUUGUUGAUAGAAUUGAAUUCAUGCCUAUAACUCUCAUGCUGGUUCCAUUUUGGGGCAAUUAACCGGAGACUUGGCGUCUGCUUCAGCUUCUUCCGCCGGAUGCGUCCAACAGGGAGGACUGCUGGUACGGCUACGCCUGCCGCACCCAGCACCGCAACGCCGACCACGCCAAGAAACGGAAUCACGUAUGCCGUCCCACCAGAGGAUAG